CGUUACGUGACGUCGUUUCCUCUCUCCAACAUGGCGCAGGAGGCAGGUCGUUAGCGGCCGUCUGAGGGAUUUACCACCAAACCUUCUGUAUUUAUUUAUGUAUGUCUGCUAAGGGCUCCAGCCGCAGACUUUCUUGAAGGAAUACAUCUCCAUUCGAGGCGGCAGCAGGCCUCCUCCUCACUCUCCCUUCCUCCCCGUCUCCUUGGGACCAGGCACACCUCGCUCCAGAUUCCGGUUGCGACAUGUAUGAGGGCAAAAAGAUGAAAAACAUGUUCCUAACACGAGCUUUGGAAAAGAUCCUGGCCGACAAGGAGGUGAAGAAGGCUCACCACUCACAGCUGCGGAAAGCCUGCGAAGUGGCACUGGAGGAAAUAAAGGCGGAAUCAGAAAAGUUAAGUCCGCCUAGUGGAGACGCCAAAUCUGGCUCCAGCACGCUACCGCCGAUUAAAUCAAAAACCAACUUCAUCGAGGCAGACAAGUACUUCUUGCCGUUCGAGCUGGCAUGUCAAUCCAAAUGUCCUCGCAUCGUCAUCACCUCACUCGACUGUUUACAGAAGCUGAUAGCAUAUGGCCACCUGACGGGCAGCGCCCCGGACAGCACAGCACCAGGCAAGAAGCUCAUUGACAGGAUCAUCGAGACCAUCUGUGCUUGUUUUCAAGGACCACAGACCGACGAGGGCGUGCAGCUACAGAUUAUUAAGGCUCUGCUAACAGCUGUGACCUCCCAGCACAUAGAAAUCCAUGAAGGUACCGUGCUGCAAGCCGUCCGGACCUGUUACAACAUCUACCUGGCGAGCAAGAACCUCAUCAACCAGACCACGGCGAAGGCCACACUCACACAGAUGCUCAACGUCAUUUUUGCACGCAUGGAGAAUCAAGCACUUACAAAUCACAAGCUAUCUUGGUCUUUGGCCUCCAGAAAGCGUGACCGCCAGCUGCAGGAAGCCAAACAGCUGGAGAGGGAGCGGCACCGGCAGCACUCCCCAGCCACCCAGCACACUGAACCAGAAUCACCCCAGCUCCAGGGUCACGUUCACCCACCCAGUAAGGCUCCAACCCAGGAGGCUAACGGCCCCAUGAGUCCAGCGACUCCCAACAUCGCCUCACCCUCCACCCCCUCAACCCCAUCAACGCCGGCCCCGGAGUCCAGCAGCAGGUCUGUGUCAAGGGAUCGGGAGGAGCAGGGUGGGCAACCGGCCCCCGACGAGAACCCGGAUCCUGAAAACGGCUCUGAGUUCUGUGCAGCUGAGAACGAGCAGACUGAGGCAGAUCAGGCCACCGCAGCGGUUCAAAAUGUGGCAUCCAAACAGCAUGAAGGAGCAGGUGAAGAGGAGGAUGAGGGGCCCCCGAACUAUGAGGAGAAAGCGCAGGAAAUAGUUCAAAGUAUUCUGCAGGAGGUGGUCAACACUGUGGCUGGAGGUCACUGCCUUGACCCGGCAAACCUCUGCUCCGAUACCAAGGAGUCGGCUGGCGAGGGCGAGCCGGCGGGUUCGCUACCAGCCGAGGCGGCGACUGAGGGCACCCAGAGCUCCAUGGAGGACGAGGGUACAGUGGGGAGCGACAGCGAGCACGUCCAUGCAAACGGCAUUCCCGGCACGCCUAUUUCCGCCAGCUUUACGCCCUCGUUGUCUGAUGACAGACUUUCCGUCUCCUCCACCGACACUCAGGAAUCAGGAGCUACAGCCGGCCAGCCGCCAGGUGCUAAGUUCUCCCACAUCCUCCAGAAGGAUGCUUUCCUCGUCUUUCGCUCUCUCUGCAAGCUGUCCAUGAAGCCUUUGUCGGACGGGCCGCCUGAUCCAAAGUCCCAUGAGCUGCGAUCGAAGGUGUUGUCUCUCCAGCUGCUGCUGUCCAUCCUGCAGAACGCCGGGCCCAUCUUCAAGACCAAUGAGAUGUUCAUAAAUGCCAUUAAGCAGUAUUUGUGCGUGGCGCUGUCUAAGAACGGCGUGUCCUCUGUGCCUGAAGUCUUUGAGCUCUCCCUCUCCAUCUUCCUUACUCUGCUCUCCCACUUUAAGACCCAUCUCAAGAUGCAAAUCGAGGUGUUCUUCAAAGAGAUUUUCCUCUACAUCCUCGAGACGUCCACAAGCUCUUAUGACCACAAAUGGAUGGUCAUACAAACCCUCACCAGAAUAUGUGCAGAUGCCCAGAGUGUGGUUGACAUCUACGUGAACUACGACUGUGACUUGAACGCUGCUAACAUAUUUGAACGUUUGGUCAACGACCUCUCAAAAAUAGCUCAGGGCCGCGGAGGGCAUGAGCUUGGCACAACGCCGCAACAGGAGCUGACUCUGAGAAAGAAAGGCCUUGAAUGUCUGGUUUCCAUCCUAAAAUGUAUGGUGGAGUGGAGCAAAGACCAGUAUGUCAACCCCAAUUCCCAGACCAGUCUAGGCCAGGAGAAACCUUCAGAGCAGGAGAGUACGGAGACCAAGGCCCCAGAGACCAUAAACCGUUAUGGCAGCAUUAACUCCCUGGACUCCACAGCCUCCUCUGGCAUCGGUAGCUACAGCACGCAGAUGUCCGGCACAGACAACCCCGAACAGUUUGAAGUUCUCAAACAGCAGAAGGAGAUUAUCGAGCAGGGGAUUGACCUGUUUAACAAAAAACCAAAGAGAGGAAUCCAGUAUCUUCAAGAGCAAGGCAUGCUGGGUACAACCCCAGAGGACCUUGCACAGUUCUUGCACCAGGAGGAGAGGCUUGACUCUACCCAGGUGGGGGAAUUCCUCGGUGAUAAUGACCGUUUCAAUAAAGAGGUGAUGUACGCCUACGUCGAUCAAAUGGACUUCCAGGGAAAAGACUUUGUCUCCGCACUAAGGAUGUUCCUGGAGGGCUUUCGGCUGCCUGGCGAGGCCCAAAAAAUCGACCGUCUCAUGGAGAAGUUUGCAGCAAGAUACCUGGAGUGCAAUCAGGGACAAACCCUCUUUGCCAGUGCAGAUACAGCAUACGUUCUCGCCUACUCAAUCAUCAUGUUGACAACAGACCUUCACAGCCCACAGGUAAAGAAUAAAAUGACGAAAGAACAAUACAUCAAGAUGAACCGUGGCAUCAAUGACAGCAAAGACCUGCCUGAGGAGUAUCUCUCAGCCAUAUACGAUGAGAUCGCUGGGAAGAAGAUUGCAAUGAAGGAAACAAAGGAGCUCACCAUGAAGUCCAAUAAGCAGAGCGUGGCCAGCGAGAAGCAGAGGCGUCUGCUGUACAACGUGGAAAUGGAGCAGAUGGCCAAGACGGCAAAAGCUCUGAUGGAGGCCGUCAGCCACGUCCAGGCUCCCUUCACCAGCGCCACGCAUCUGGAGCACGUCAGGCCCAUGUUCAAGCUGGCAUGGACGCCCUUCCUGGCUGCUUUCAGCGUGGGCCUGCAGGACUGCGAUGACACUGAAGUGGCGUCGCUGUGUCUCGAAGGAAUACGCUGCGCCAUCAGGAUAGCAUGCAUCUUCUGCAUACAGCUGGAGAGGGAUGCUUACGUUCAGGCUUUGGCCAGGUUCACCCUGCUGACAGCCAGCUCCGGCAUCGCAGAGAUGAAGCAGAAGAACAUCGACACAAUCAAGACCCUGAUCACUGUGGCGCACACUGAUGGCAACUACCUGGGGAACUCCUGGCAUGAGAUCAUGAAGUGCAUCAGUCAGCUGGAGCUGGCUCAGCUGAUUGGUACGGGGGUGAAGGCACGUUACAUCUCAGGGACGGUGCGCAGCAAAGACGGCUUCAUCACAAGCACGAAAGAACAGAAUAAUGAUGAGUACCUAGGUCUAGUUGGAGGAACAGUGGACCGUAAGCAAAUUGCCAGCAUCCAGGAAUCCAUUGGGGAGACGAGCUCUCAGAGCGUGGUGGUGGCUGUGGAUAGGAUAUUCACAGGCUCCACCAGAUUAGAUGGAAACGCAAUAGUGGACUUUGUGCGCUGGCUGUGUGCUGUGUCCAUGGAUGAGCUGGCCUCGCCCACACAUCCUCGCAUGUUCAGCCUGCAGAAGAUAGUCGAAAUCUCCUACUACAACAUGGGCCGCAUCAGGCUGCAGUGGUCCAGGAUCUGGGAGGUGAUCGGAGACCACUUCAAUAAGGUUGGCUGUAAUCCCAAUGAAGACGUAGCAAUAUUUGCCGUGGAUUCUCUCAGGCAGCUGUCCAUGAAGUUCCUGGAGAAAGGGGAGCUGGCUAACUUCCGCUUCCAGAAGGACUUUUUGAGGCCAUUCGAGCACAUCAUGAAAAAAAACAGGUCUCCCACCAUCAGAGACAUGGUGGUGCGCUGUAUAGCUCAGAUGGUGAACUCCCAGGCAGCCAACAUCCGUUCAGGCUGGAAGAACAUCUUCUCAGUGUUUCACCUGGCGGCGUCCGAUCAGGACGAAAGCAUCGUGGAGUUGGCCUUCCAGACCACCGGACACAUCGUCAACUGCCACUCUGGGUCCCUGAGCAAAGACCCUAAACCCCACACUGCUCCCCAGGCGCCCCACGAUGGCAGCCCACUGGGAUGGGUUAAAUGCAGAGCGAAUGUAUUCGAGAAGCACUUUGCAGCAACGAUCGACUCCUUCCAGGACGCCGUCAAGUGUCUCUCAGAGUUUGCCUGCAACGCCUCUUUCCCAGACACCAGCAUGGAGGCCAUCCGCCUCAUUCGCCAUUGCGCCAAAUACGUCUCAGAGAGACCUCAGGCCUUCAAAGACUACACCAGUGACGACAUGAAUGUAGCUCCAGAGGACCGAGUUUGGGUGCGAGGGUGGUUCCCCAUCCUCUUCGAGCUCUCCUGCAUCAUCAACAGGUGUAAACUGGAUGUCAGAACCAGGGGGCUCACAGUGAUGUUUGAAGUGAUGAAGACUUACGGACACACCUUCGAGAAGCACUGGUGGCAGGACCUGUUCAGGAUCGUCUUUAGGAUCUUUGACAACAUGAAGCUACCCGAGCAGCAGACUGAGAAAGCAGAGUGGAUGACCACAACAUGCAACCAUGCACUUUAUGCCAUCUGCGACGUCUUCACCCAAUACUUUGAAUCCCUCAAUGGUCUCCUAUUAGAUGAUAUCCUGGCUCAGCUCUACUGGUGUGUGCAACAAGAUAACGAGCAACUUGCCCGUUCAGGCACCAACUGUCUAGAGAACGUGGUCAUCCUCAACGGGGAGAAGUUCUCCCCAGAGACCUGGGACAAGACGUGUAACUGCAUGCUGGACAUCUUCAAGACAACAAUCCCCCAUGUGUUGUUAACAUGGAGACCAGCAGGGGGAGAUGGAGAGCACUAUGCAACACACAGCCUGACUGACAAACAGCUGGACUCCGUAUCCCAGAAGUCCCUGGAUAUUCAGUCACGUUCUGAUGAUCAGAACUCCAUCAGCAGCGCUGACAGGGCUGUGGUGGAGAGCCGACGGCAGAGCCAGCACAGCUCGGUGUCGGGCAACUUUGAGGAUGGAUCGAGGAGCAGGACGUCAACGAAAAUCCAGGAGCAGCGCUUGUUUUCUGCGCUACUGAUAAAGUGCGUCGUGCAGCUGGAGCUCAUCCAGACCAUUGACAAUAUUGUGUUCUUUCCUGCUACCAGUAAGAAGGAGGACGCUGAAAACUUUGCUGCUGCUCAGCGGGAUGCCGUGUGUGCUGCUGACGUCCAAGUGGAGACACAGGACCAAGGGAUGUUUCGCUAUCUGACCUCAGAGCAGCUUUUUAAGCUGCUGGACUGCCUGUUGGAGUCGCAUCGCUUUGCUAAGGCUUUCAACUCUAACAACGAGCAGAGAACCUUACUCUGGAAAGCAGGUUUCAAAGGAAAGUCGAAGCCCAACCUGUUGAAGCAGGAGACCAGCAGUCUGGCAUGUGGGCUGCGCAUUCUGUUCCGCAUGUACACAGACGAGAGCCGACAGGACGCCUGGGAGGAAGUCCAGAGACGACUGCUCAACGUUUGCAGCGAGGCUCUGGCCUACUUCCUCGCUCUGACCUCAGAGAGCCACAGAGAGGCCUGGACCAACCUGCUGCUGCUGUUCCUCACCAAGGUGCUGAGGAUCAGCGAUGAAAGGUUCAAGGCUCAUGCAUCCAGAUACUACCCCCUCCUCUGUGAGAUCAUGCAGUUCGACCUGAUCCCUGAACUCCGGACCGUUCUGAGGAAGUUCUACCUGCGCAUCGGCCUCGUCUUUAACAUUGCACAGCUGCCUGAGCCUGAAACCGAACCUGAGGGGAGGCGUACGGAGUCGCAAACAGACAUGGAGGGGGGGAAGGAGGCCCAGUGAUGCUGCACCUAAAAAAACGAAACAAAAAAA